AUGCACUGUCUUUCGGGUGCCGUCACCGGUGAUGGAGACGUCACUGGUGCAAAUCUAAGGGACCUUGUCAAUGUAGAUAGCAGCAAAGAGCGCGCGGUGCAGUUUAGCGCAGCGGGAGACAAAGGGCCUGCCGAAUCGGGACUUCGUCAUACGCCGUUUCACGUGGCUCAGUCUUCUGUUCCCAUCCGCCAUCAUGCUUUUCAUUCUGCUGAUGAGGCAACCGAAUUCCCCGAGGCUCACGAUGAGGUUCCAACAAAAGUAGAGGAAAGGCAGGGUUUCGGUGAGGGAGGAGACAGUGCACAGCAGGCCCUCACCGCCGACGGACGCAGAUCUCUGCUUGAGAGGAAAUCGGUAUGUGUUAUGAGCUGUUGUCAGGCAUCUAGUUCGACUACGACGGAAGACGACUUCGACAGUUUAUUCAAAGACGACGUGCCCAAGAAGCCCAAAAAGGGACUAGACAAGGGGGCCUCCUCCGGUGAAACGGGUUCCGGCAAAGGCAAUUCCGGCGCUGACAGUCUGUCUUCUCUCCUAAGCGGAACAUUAAACACCGGAUCCAAUAACAAAAGGGAACAGAAAAGUGACGCUCGUUCAAAGAGCAACAUAAGUUCUUUGACGAAGGCCGAAAAGAAUCGACCUAUGUCCAAAUUAAAAAGCAUGGGCACCUCCUCAGCGGAUUUCGAUUUCGACCUUGAAAGUUCCUCCAACACCCGGGCCAGGGACAAAGGUCGGUCAUCACCGGACUCAUCCAUUGAGGAUGCUUUCGGCAGCGACUCGGGAGGCAUUUUUGGCUCGUCGAAUGAUUUUUCCAACUUUGGAGACUCUGCAACCUCCAAUGGGAAUCUGUUGGCAUCGUUGGGCGACGCACCCGACGCGCAUUCAGAUAAGCCUUCUCGAAGCCCCCUUGACUCGACACUGACGAGUAUGGUAAACCCAUUCGCGCAACAGCCGUCGAUGACUCCCAUGACGGACCAGGCAGAAAAAUGGUCAAAAGAAAAUCUCAGAGAAUUCGAACAUAGAAUGCCGAACAAAAUGCGAGAUGGUCCCAACCCGGAUAGCUGGUACAAGAACAACAUUUCAGAGAAAAGCGUAGCAGAUCUCAACAGGGCCCGAGAAAUACGGCGCACUGCUGAAGCAAAUCAGAUUGCGACGCCUAUCGAAACAGUGUACACCAGAGCAAUUAAAACUGUUCCUGCUAUUAACUAUCUUGGUGCGGGGUAUGACCACGUCAGAGGAAAUCCGAUCGGGGACCCGAGCUCUAUGGGAGACCCCGGGCUGCGGCCCCCCGUGCUUCGGUUUAGUUACGCCCAAAACGAAGACGGUGUCUCGAACGAUUUGACUGUUUUGCAGCCGAUUGGUGGUUACGUUAGGCCGUACGUUGCGUGCAAACAAAGCGAAACCGUCAGCGAACUGUCAACCCUCAAUGAUUACCAAAAUGAGCUGUCGGUGGAUGCGUCACUUCAAGGUGGAGAUCCGAUCGGCUUGAAUAGUUUCUCCGCCUCAGCGGGAUACAGGGAAUUUGCGAAAGAGGUCUCAAAGAAGGACACGAAGACGUACAUGCUGAGGACCUACUGCAUGCGAUACGAAGCCGGAAUUGCACAAGGCGACCAGUUCAAGUGGAACGUAACAUUAGCAUUCGCGGCUGCCGUCGAACACUUGCCGGACACCUUCGAGGGGCAUAAUCCUCACUGCGGUUGCUCGCCAGAGCAAUGGCGUCAAGAUGAGGCUGCGGACGUAUGCGCUGGCUCCAACAUUCCCACCUGGAUCCGCUUUAUAGAGCAGUUCGGCACCCACUAUUUGGUUCGGUUGUUUGCGGGUGGGAAGAUGACGUAUCAAGUGACAGUGAAGCGGUCGGAAGUGGAGAAAAUGAAGAAGAAGGGAGCCGACGUUAAAUCGCAGUUGAAGAUGCAGUUGGUUGGCGUUAGUGGAGGGGGGAAUCAGGGAGUCGCGACGACGAAGAAUAAGAGCUCAUCAAAUUACGAGAUGAAUGUACAAAAAGAGACACUUGUGAUCGGCGGGCGGCCUCCAGCGAAUGUCUCUGAUCCCGGUGCCUUGGCGGUUUGGGCCGAUACUGUUGAAGAGCUCCCCAUGCCUGUAAAGUUCGAAGUUCAGCCGCUGCACUUUUUACUGCCUCUCGAAAAGCAGGAAGCCUUCAAGCAGGCCGUCGCGUUCUAUUCGAAGGCUGUGGGGUUGACGUCCCAGGAUCUCAGUGCGCUUACAGGUGUUACUCGGAAUCUCCCCACAGAGCUGACCAAAGCGACCCAGGUUGCAUGGUCAGGCCCACCUCCAGGAUUCGCCAAGUGCCCAGAAGGGCAAGUCGUCAUUCUAGGUUUUGCAAUGCAUUUGAACUUUAAGGAGCGUGGCACCGACAACUUCCGCAUUAGUAUGUGCCCCCCCGGCAGAGAAAAGUGCGACGGAGUCGGUACCGCCAGUGAUGUGACUGACGACGGCCGUAUCUACAUUCUUUGCGGAGAUGAACCGAUUAACGAAAUCCAACAAGUCGUGGCUGAGACCCCUAUUGCCAGCGGGGCGUCGGUCCUCGAAGCCACUUGUCCUGAUGAGACGGUCAUCUUAGGCGGCUUUGGAAUAUCUGUCCAAGACGGUGCUGAUGGGAUCGACAGCUUUUCCGUAGAGUCAUGCACAACAGGUGGUAGACAGUUUAAGGGUGACGAAGUCGUCGACAAAAUCGUUUUUGAGCUCAUCAACGUGGCGACGCUUGGUUCUCAUGGAAAGACGAAUAAGCACGCUCCGGAUCAAGAUGGAAGUGUUCGCGUAGAAUGCCCUGAAAAUACUUCCAUUGUGCUUGGUUAUGCUAUGGAAAUGCACACGAACAUGCAGCUUGUACGUGAUAAAUUCAUUCACUGCCCCGAAGACGGCAAGGCAUGCCAGUUGUCUGGGAAGGGCGUGGACAAAGGAGUACUGUGGGUGUUUGACAAGCACGCCCUUUUUGGCUGGGUGAUCUGCAAAACCGUGAACGAGCCUGCCAGUCACGUUGCAACGGACGUGGGCAAAGCGAAGGGAACCAGUAAGAAGAAAAAAGGGAAGAAAGGCAAAAACGAGAAACAUCAACAUGAUGGGGAAGAGGAACAGCAGCCGGUCGCAGACGUACCGACGGAAGCUCCUGUAACAACCGAUGCUGCGCCACUGCCGGAAUUCAACAGUACUUCGACUCUCCAGCUCGCGGACGUCAAGUUAUCAGACCUGUAA